UACACUUCAACCCUCUCCACGUACAAUAUCAAGUGACGAUAUUUUUGCUCAUCCAUGGAUCCAAUAACAGCAGUAGGAGCAGUGGCCAGCAUCAUCACACUUGCUCAGACAGCUCUAUCGUUAUCAAAAGCCCUUUAUACUCUGGGGUCAGCGGUACAAUCGGCAUCGGAAGAUAUCCAAGCCCUUGCUGAUGAUCUGAAAACAUUCGCACAGUCAUUGAGCCUCCUCUCGCGAUUGUUAGAGGACUCGAAAUCAUGGUACUCCGACGAUGUCUAUCUUUUGACAGCCAAGAUCAUCAGAGAUUGCGCGGAGAUGUACGAGAAAAUUGACAAGAUCUUGGUCAAAUUGGGGAGCAAUGGGAAAAACUCGUGGAACAUAAGGAUGAAGUUUGUGUAUAAGGAGGGUGAGAUACGAAGGCUGAUGAAGAGGCUUCGGGAUAUGAAAGGGACGCUUGCUACGGUUUUGAUGAGUCUACAGGUUGACUUACAACUUUCAUUGUUGUAUGUCUGUCAUUAUUGGCCCCCAAAUACUUCUGAUCAAGUUAUUUUGCUGACUACUUGCCAGAAACAUUUCAAGUUCUAGCAAAAUCCAGAGAUCACCCGAGAAAGAACUCGAUUCGGAAACUAUCAGACAUCUGAAAGCUGCCCAAUAUGCAGUAGAGUCCUGCAAUGUCUUACCCAAGUACUCCGAGUCCUCAGAAUCCAAAUCAAUCAUCAAUGAUGCAAAAAUACACCAGACUGAAAUUGACAAAGAGCCCAAGCCCAUCAAGUUACUCGCUAGAACAACCAACACUCGAUCGUUUGUUGCGUUUUCUGGCAAACAACCUUCUUCUGACACGGUCCCUAACUUGAUUUGCAAAUCAACCACUGGCCCAGUCUUUGCCAAAUUAAACCCCGCAGGCAAGGCAAAAGCGGAGGAAUCCGAGGUUGGAAGUCUUAAGUCUGUUUCUUCCACGGAAAGCUUCAAGAGCGCCAUCUCUGUGCAAAAAGAAGUGCUCGAUCUAGCCCAGGAAGUCAAGCCUGUCAAAGCUGUACUGCAUGCUUUUCGCACUGCUCUUGAUACUCUCGAAACUCUCAUCACGCGACUUAUACCAGAAAAUGAAACGUGCUAUCCGAGCGCGCUGUAA